AUGCAACAACAUCAAACAACAUCCCCUGCAGCAGACAAUGACUUUGUGAUAAGCCCAUGCCUCUCAUCACAAGGAGAAGAAACAACACCCAUCCUCCACAAUAUCGAUCCGGCCUCAGUAUUUGAUUCGCCUCCAUCUGCUGCCUCCACAAUCGAAGCACAACAUCAACAAUAUGUAAUGAUGAUGCAACAACAAAUGAUGAUGAAUAAUAAUAACAAUGAACAACAACAACAACAACAGGUGGCUAGAGAAGAAGUAGACCAUCAACAAGAAUAUCAAGAAUAUGUCUCCACACCAAUGCCUUCCUCCCUUCAUCAUCCCUUAUCUGAUAAUAUAUUCGAUGCUGUUUCUGAUUCGAGUAAUUAUCAUCAUCAGCAACCACAACAACCACAACAACAACAACAACUAUCAAAUGAUGAUGCAACCACAACAACUUGCCUUUCAACACAAUUCGGUGGGAGAUGGGUUUAA